AUGUGGCCGGACGUUCUCGAAAACCGAACAUCUGAAGCGACACAUACGGAGUCCGAUGUUCUCCUCCGUCAUUUAAGAAGUCACCGCGCCUAUCUCGCCCACUCUCCGCCAGCAGGACUUAACAAUCGGUCAGCGUCAUAUGAACAAGCUACCCAACAACUACAACAGAGACGUGAGAUAAAUGCCGGAACCUCUCCCGGACAGACACCAAACCAGCUUUUGCACUGUUCAGACCUCGCUGAACUCGUAUCGAGGGGGAUGCAGCCGUCGCCUUCACAGAAUCUCAUGAUAUCCGAGAUCGCGAUGCUCGAAUUCAAUAAUGUUCCUGGUCACUCUCAACCAGCCCCCAACAACCACUCUAGACUGACCCGACGUAGUCAAUGCAGCCAGAAUCCAGAUUAUGCUAAUAAUGCCGCCACCAAUAACAUGCCGGACUGUAUAGACUUCCCGGCCGGUGUUCUAGAAGAAGCGGCUGCGAGGACACCCUCCGAGCUCAGCCUGCCCACGAUCAAUGAGAGUGCUGACGCCAUGCGGUGGUGGUUGGAUCAGUCUGAUUUCCGUACCGAUAAUCUUUUCUCCAUGGACAUAGGCAACGGCUUGGGAGCCUACGGUGUUGUGCUGGACGAUGUCACGUUCGGUUUACCAGUGCAGUUUCAGCCGCCAGUCGAGUCCUCCAUCGGCAGCAGAGGCAUGUCGGCAGAGCGAUGCGAUAUUCUCCAAGAAUGCUGGCCGAUGGAUCCGAGUCGUGGAUAUCGCCUCAAAUCGGAUCUAUGGUCGUGCCUCUCCUCCUGUCCGCACGAUAACAUCUUCUCGCUGCUUCCUAGCCCAACUGCCAACGAGCAACGAGGGGAGCGCCGGGGUUUCGACGAGGCAUGCUACUUACGUCUUAGGAAAGAAUUCGGAUAUGAUUCUGGGAGCGCUGAUGAGCCCAGGUUGGAGCUGCCAUCGUCCCAUAGACCCAAUUUACCCUUCCCACCCGUUGAGCUGCUCGAUAUCGCGUUGGACCUAUAUUUUCGCAGCUUCCAUCCCACGGUUCCGUUCAUUCACACACCCACUUUCGACCCCUGCAGAACGCCGCCACCAUUGCUCUUUGCUAUUUGUCUCGUCGGCCUUGUCAUUCUCGGCACAAGUGGCGCGAGACAGUUCGUGGAAGCUUCUUUUCCAGCAUUAUUAACGCGUGCAUGCUCGGAAAUGGCGAUCAGUUGUUCUCAGUCCCGACCAGUGGCUGAGCAGCUGUCAAUGGUGGCAACGGCAUGCCUAACUGUCAACCUGGCAGCGAUUACGCAGGACCAGUCUAAAUUGGCAAGAACACAGUUCCUUUAUGCCAAUAUCUAUGCGUUUUCUCAGCAAUGUGGUCUCUUUUCUGCCGACGAUAGCGAACUAAUAAAGAAGAUUCUUGACGAAACGGUGGAUCCCGGGCAACGGUGGCGAGCGUGGACCCGGAUAGAGUCUACUAAACGUCUAAUAGUUGCGCUCGUAAUGUUGGAUAACUUCUACUCAAACUAUCUUUUUACAGCACCAGCGACCCGGGCCGAAGCGAUUCACAUAUGCUUACCCUGCGACAAUAUCCUGUUUGAAGCCGACUCCGAAAUUAAAUGGAGGCAACUCUCACUAGCUGGCCGGGAAAUCAUACCCCCUUUCAUUAGCCCAUAUGUCCAGGAUCCGUGCCUAUUCCAGACGGCGAACCGCCUAGAUACGUUCAGCAUGUAUAGCUUGCUGAGUAGCUUUCAACUACGCAUAUACGAGGCUUAUCACCGACUUAUCCCGGCAGCGUCUUACACCGGCAUGAACGAGGACUUCCUAGCCCCAUGCCGAGUCUUUAACAAGGACCUCCGAGCACGCGAUCUAAUCCCGCUCACCUGCAGUCUACAUUUCAAGCAGAGCCCUUGCCAGAACGGUGCGGACCUCAAUUGCAUGGCUCUCUGGCACCAUCUAUGCCUUUGUCUCACCUCCAACACCCGCCUAUUUGAGUUAGCCGCCGGAUGUAAAGGCCAGCCAGACGCUGAGAAGGCACGGGUAGACAUAGGUGUAUGGGCUAGGACACCGGCUGCUCGCAGAGCCUGCCUGCAUGCUGCCCAGGUCUAUGCCGUCGUUUCGAACCGACGAAUAUCCGACGGCGUUCGGGUCCGACUGGACACGAUCACGAGUGUCUUCAUUUCUGCCCUCGUUCUAGCCUUUUAUCUCUACUCGUUACCGGAUAUCGGCGGGUCCGAUUCCACGGAGCAGCGGCUAGAAUUGCUCGAUCCGAUAGAUUGGGGCCGCGUCGGCACGAUAGGUCUGGACGCUGUAGAUGCCGAAGAUCCCAACAUCCCCCUUCCUACCCAGCAGCUCCGAAAUGGAUCUGAUCUAGCCAUCCAUUUCAUCAGACAUGGUGGUCCCGUCUCAUUCUCGAGUCACAAUGUCUCGGGUGACUACCGCUCAGCACGCCGGGUCUUACUAGACUUUGCCUGUCUCAUGGAAGGCAUGGGGAAAUGGUGUUCGAAAUCAUCUGCCAAAGUACUGCACGCUAUGGCUGAUACAAUCAUGCAGAAUGGUGACGGGAGUCUGUAA